AUGUCAGAAAGUAAAAACAUCAACAUUAAUCCUGAUCAGGAUAAAAAGAUCGAAGUUUCUGAUCCCAAUAUAGCAGCGCUAAGUGAAGUGUCCAGCGUUGCAGGAAGUGUUAAACAAAAUAAGCAUGCAACAUCCUCAGAAAGGCAAAUGAAAUUUAAAAGAGCUCAGAAAUGCCUCGAAAAUGCAGCUCUUGUAUCUAAAAGGAUUAAAGAACACCGAAAAGCUACUGCAGAGCUUCUUGGCCGUCCUUUUGAGGAUGAUAUUGGAGAUACCGCUUCAGAAAUAGCAACCACUAUAAGUGAGAGAACUGGCUACUCUGUUGCAACUGAUACAUCUACUACAUUAUCUGUCCAAGAUGCAUUAAACAUUCCUGGGAUAAGUGAAAGCUUGGCAAAUACUUUAAAACAAAAAGAACUUUUGAUGGAAAGAAUUAAGCAAUAUAAAGAAAUAAGUAAGAGACCUAUGAAAAAAACAGUACAAACACCUAAAAAAGAAUCAAUUAGUGAAACAAUUGACUUGAAAAAGGGUUCUGAAAAUAUUGAUAUAACUAAAUUGAUGAAUACAAUUAAGGAAAAAGAAAAUAAUCUAAGUGUAAUGCAAGUUAAAAUGAGAGCAAUGGAAACUACAAUUUUGGAUUUACAAGAAAAAAAUAAUGAAAAGGACCAGAUAAUAGAGGCUAAAAAUAGAGCUACUACAUUAAUGUCAGAUAGUUUGAGUAAAAAGGAAAAAGAUACUCUAGAUUUACUAGAAGAUACUAAAGAGCAGAUGAUAAAAAUGCAAACUAAUUUUAUAACUAUGGAAACAGAAUGGAAACAGGAAAAGCAAAAAUUAAUUUAUGAAAUUGAAGAAAAAAAUGACAAAAUUAGGAGUCUUGAAGAAGCUAAUACUAUUUUAGAAAAUUCAAGAUUUGAAAUAACUAUAGCUCAUUCAAAAUUAGCAGAAGAACUUGAUUUAAAAACAAAGGAGGUUAUGGAAUUACAAGAGAAAAUUAGUCAACUCUCUGAUAAUAGCACCCAACUAACAAUUGAAGAGAAACCAGUAGAAGAAGAAAAGGGAUCAAUUGAAAUAUGUAAUAUGGAGGAACUGUCUAAAAAGAUUGAGUUAUUGGAACAAAUUAAUUUUGAAAUAAGGCAGACCAACAAGGAGCUGGAAAAUCAAUUAACUGCUAUGAAUCAAGAAACAAAACCUAGUGUAUCUCCAAACAAGCGAGGAAGUCCAUUACCAGCAAGAAAAACAGGUAGAGGUUCAAAAAUGAAAUCUCCUUGGAGUCAUUUAUCAUCAGAAUCAUUACAAGAAACAGGGAAGGGAAAAUCUGAAAAGCCUAAGCCAGAUAUGAUGCUACAAUCUUUAAAUAAAGAAAUAUUACAAAAGGAAUAUAUGUUAGCUCAAAAAGACACAUUAAUUAUGGAACUUCAGUCUACUAUUGAUAAAAAAGAGGCCACUAUUAGUGAAUUAGAACUGUUGCUUAAAACUUCAAAACAAAUUGUAGAAACAAGUGAUAUGGCGAUAGCUGUUGAUUUACAAACAUCUUUAAAAGAUACUGACUCUACGAGAGAUACAGCUACAAAAAUAAGUGUUGAGGAGUUAGAAGAAAAAUUAAAGUUAGCUCAAGAUCAAAUAGUGGCGCUUAAUGAAGAGAUAGAGGCAUCUAAUAAGAAUAUGAUUAAAGUAAAGUCUAAUUUUAAAAUAAAAUUGAAACAAAUGCAAAAAACUAUUGAAAAUUUCAGUAAAGUGUCUGAUGCUAAUGCAGAAAUAGUUAAAUUAAACGAGGAACUACAUCAGCUCACACAAAAAGUGGCAGAAUUAGAAGAAGAGAAAGGUAAUCUUCAGCUGCAUUUGGUUGAUUAUGACGGUGGAAGAUUAACAGAAUCUGAAGUGUACAAAAAACUAGUGGAAAUGGAGAACUUGUCAGAGACGAGAUUGAAAUCAAUAACUUUACUUGAAACACAGAAAUUUGACUUAGUUCAAGAACUACAUAGUUUACAACAGAAAAAUUUGGAGAUGGAAGACAAACUAGCGGAUAUAUCUUCAUUGCAAAAUGAACAAGUUUGUUCAGAAAUGAAAUCAGUACAACUAGAAGAGCAAAUUGAUAAAUUACAAGCUUCCAAACAAGAACUUGAACUUAUAAUAGAUAACCUAAAACUUGAUAGAGAGCAAUUAAAUGGUACUAUCAAAAUUCUUCAAGAAGAAAAAGAAGAAUUACUUCAAAAAUUAGAUAACUAUAUUCAAGAAAAUAUUGAACUUACUGAUAAGUUAGAAAAAUUGAGUGCUGAGAAAGUAAGCUCCGCUGAAUCAAUAGAAAUUGUUGAAUCAUUAACAACACAAGAAAAGCUAGAAUUAGAAGAAUAUAAUAAAUCACUUCAAACUGAGAAGAAAACUGAAGAUUCUCAUCCCGAUUAUAGUAAUCAAAGUGAGAAACAUGAGAUUCAAAAAGAAAAGUUAAUUGAAGAAGCUAUUGAAUUAAAAAAGAAAAUAGAUCUAUUUUCAUGCGAAAGACAAGAAGUAAUGGAGAAGAUGAAUAAAUUGUCUUUGGAGAAUGAAUCGCUAAAUGAAAAUUUACAGGAAUUGACUGAUCAAUGCAAUAAUUUAAAAACUACUAUUGAACAGCUAAAUCUUGAGAAAGCAAAACUUAUAUCUCUUAAUGACGAUCUCAAUCAUCAAAUAGAAGAAUUGAAACAUGAAAGGAGUGAAAUAUUGAAAGAAACUGCGGAUGCAAUUAAACCUUCAAAUACAGAAGAUACUACAGAUGGAAUGAUGACAGAAUCAGUACACCAUGACGAUAAAUCAGCUGGUGAUAAAGGAACUAGCAGAACAAAAUCAGUAAAACAAUUAACGAAAGAAAUACUUAAACUUAAGAAUACAAUUAAAGAAAGAGAGGACGAAAUAGCUGAUUGCCAAAUGAAGAUUUUGUCUCUCGAAGAACAGCAAGACAAACAAAAGGAAUCAUUAGUAAGCAAUGCAUCAAAUGAAAAAUUAAUUAAAAAACUAACAGAUGAGAAUGACCAACUGAGGAAAGAAAUCGAUACAAUAACUAACGAAAAUAAGGCAGGACACGAUUUACAUAUUAAUCAAGCAGAGUUGUUGCAAGCUGAGAUACAAAAAGUGCAUCAAGAGUAUACUUCCGCAAUAAAUGCGCGAGAUACGAGAAUUCACGAAUUGGAAAAUAUAUUGUUAGAAUACGAAAAACAGGUUAUCAAUUACAGCAAUACUUUGCAGCAAAAGGACAAAGAGUUAUCAGAAUACAUAAAUCAAAUAACUAAACUGAAUGAUGUGUCACAGAAACUCAAGUCAACUGUAGAUUUACUUGAAGAAGAAAAGGCAAAGGAUCAAAACAAUGAAUUGAUAAAGUCAUUAAAUAAGCAAAUAGCAUUUUAUCAAAGUACAUUGUCUGAUUAUGAAGAAAAAUUCAGAGCGGUGGAAGAAGAAAAAGCUCAAUUAAUGACUGUUAAAUCAAAAUUAGAAAAUAAAAAUAGCAGUCUUGAGGCAGAAUUAAAGAAAUUGCAUGAAACAUUUGCAGAAAAACAAGAUGUUAUUAAAGAAUUACAAUCUCAACAACAAAAACAACAGGAAGAGCUGUCAUCAGUUGUUUUACAAGCUAAGGAACGUGACGAAGAAAUACACGAAAUUAAAUUACAAUUGAGAAAAGAAUCAAUAGAUAAUGAGAAACUACACAAUAUUGUUGUUCAAAAGAGCAGUGAAUUUAAUGAACUUACAAAGCUUUAUGAAGAUGCUAAGGAAAAGCUGAGUUCAAUUUCUGUCGACAAAAAUUUUCAAAACGAACAGUAUACGGCGAUGGAAAAUAAAAAUAAAGAAUUAAUGGAGAAGUUGAAAAAGUUCGCACUUAAUAUCAAGAAAAAGACUGCCAUGUAUACUGAAUUAGAAAAUCAAUAUCAUGAAAUUCAAAAACAACUUGAAUACAAAAAUGAGCAAUAUGAUCAACUUUUGAUACAAGUAGAAACAAUACCGGCUUUGCAGGAAAAGUUAAAGCAUGCGGAAGAAGAAUUUAACCGAUUGCAAUCUCAAAAAUUGAUAAUUGAGCAGAAAUCCCAAGAAAUUUUACAUUUACAAUCAGAAAUCGAAACAUUACAUAGCCAAAUUACUAUUAAUGCUGAUACAAUUAAAAAACUAAAUGAAUCCAUGGAUUCACUUAACAAAGAUGUAUAUUUCGCUCGUGAUGAAAAUGUCACUCUUAAAAAUCAAAUUGAGACUUUAAAUAAGAAAAUCGUUGAGUAUGAAAUUGAGCAAAAAAAUAAUGCUAAUAUUUUAACAAAAAUAUCGUGCUUGGAGAGUGAUUUAAAUCAAAAAAAUGAUCAAAUUAUAGAACUAACUAACCAAAUAGAAAUUCAAAAUGAAAGAUUGAGUCAAGUUCAGUUUGGUCAUGACGCAAAAGUACAAGAACGUGACAUGUACAUAGAAAGCUUGCAGUCUGAAAUUGAUAAAUAUAAAAAUAGGAUAUAUCGCCUCCAAGAAAGUAUAUCUGCAAUGGAAAAUAGUCGCCGGAGUUUGGAACAAAAAACUGAUGAUUUAGAUACGCAAUUACAUGAAAAACAAAAAGCGUACAAUGAAUAUACAGAUCAAGAAGAUGAAUUAGUAAAUAGACUUGCAGUCCUUAUUGACAUAGACAGAGUCGCUGAAAAACAAUUACAUGAAAUUGAGAGUGAAAAUAAAGAAUUACGUUUUAAAGUUCAAAAUCUGAACGAAGAAAUUCAAAAAAUUCAAAAAUCGUGCUUUGACUUACAAAACAAGUGUAACUUAUUGGAAGAUAAAGCUAAAAAAGCAGAUACAGCUGAAUCUGAAAUAAUUACGUAUCAAAAUAAUAUCCGAGAUUUAGAAGCUGACUUAAAACGUGUUACUCAUGACCAUAGUACACUUGUUGCCCAAAAGAAAAAGGAUAUCGAAGAGUUGGAGUUAGAAUUUAACAUGCAAAUUGAAAAUGAUUUUAAAGAAAAGAAAAUUCUAAGUGAGAAGUAUGAAAAAAUUAAUGAACAUGUAUCACAGUUGGAGUUGAAAUUGAAUGAAUAUAGAAACACAAUUGAAAGCCUUAAUGUAAACCUCAGCGAACUAGUUGCAGAAAAUCAAAUGUUAGUUAAAAAUAAAACAAACAAUAUUCAAAAAGAAACCUCAGAUUAUACAGAGCAGUACAUAAGUGAAAUAAAUAAGUUAAACGCCAUACUUAAUUCUAAAAAUCAAGAAAUUUUAGUACUUACUGAUAAAAUACAAAAACUACAAGAAAACAAUUUAAGUAAUAUGGCCCAAUUGGAUAGUAAGAAUUCAAAUUUAACAGAAGAACUCCAAAGUACAUCUCAAAAAAUUAACAAUUUAUUAGAGGAAUUAGAUAUUUUAAAACGACAAAACGAACAUUUACAAACUGUAAUAAAUCAAAAAGAUGAACAAAUACGGCAAAUCACAGAAAAUACGAAACUAGUUUUUGAAAUGAAUAUACCAAAAACCGAAGGAAUGACAAUUUCAUCUACAAUAGAGGCUAUGAAUGAGGAGCCAAAACCUUUUGAUAUAUCAUAUCUUCAAUCACAAAUUAUUUCUGAUACAAAACCUGCUACUGUAGAACCUCUGCCACACGUGGCAAAAACUGUACCUGAUGCGAAGAUGAAACAAUCUCCUCAUGUCAUAUCAUCUACAGGUGUAAUAGAAGAAACUAUUGUACCGAAAAAAUCAUAUAUAUGCUAUACUAAGGAAGAAGAAGAAAAAAGCGAACUUGAUCCUUUCAAUUCUGAUGAAGGAUGGGGGCUUGGAGCUAGUGAAGAACCUGAAGAAGUAAUACCAGGUUUUGCUAAUUUAAAUCAACAAAUUCAGCAACUUAAUGAUGCUAAUCAAAAGCUAAAGUCGGAACUAGAUACUACAAACGCGAAAUUGUUAAAAGCAUUAAAGAAACUUAAAGAAUUAAAAGUGACCAAUGAUAUGCUUUCGAAUGAACUACAAUUAACUAAACAGAUUUCACAGUCAUCAAUGUUGGAUAUGGCAAUAGAAAGUGAAUUAUCGAAUAACGUGGAAGUUUUAGAGAAAAAAAUACAAGAGCUAAACGCAGACUUAAGUAAGGAAAAACGAGAAAAGGAAUAUUUGAAGAAACAAAAUGAAGUAUUUAAGAAUGCUAAUGAUAGAUUGACGGAAAUGAAAGAAAAAAUGGAUAAUGAAUUACAAAUGUGGAAAUACAAUUUUAAGCAAGUAAAUGACAAAGUUUCAUCAUUACAGUGGGAUGGGGAAUUAAAAGAUACAACCGAUUACACUAACACGCGACCUAUAUCGACACACACCAGAGUAGAUAAUUCAGAAGUACAGGAAGAGAUGAUUAAGUUAGAGAAAGAAAAUGAUGAGUUACAAAACACGAUUGACAAUAUGAUCGUUCAGAAUAAAGAGUUAUCUGUGCAACUUGAACAAUUUAAAAGCGAAUUAAGUAAUCUAAAACAACAACUACAACAACGCCAAGAGUCAUGUGAUAAUUGCAAAAAUGUAAAUGUUCAAAUUCAGGAGAUAACAAAACAAAAAGAACAACUUCAAAUGGAAAUAAACGCUCUUAAACAGCAGCUAGAACAAAAAGUUUGUGAAAAUUGUGAGGUGAUAAAGCGACAAUUACACGAAACGUUGAAAAGGUUUUCAGAUUUAGAGGAAAGUCAUAAAAUACUUAAUGAGAACAAAAAUCAGCUUGAAACACGCCAUGGUGAAUUAAUAUUAGAGAUCGAGAAUUUACAACGGAAUAUACAAGAUAACGAAUUUUUAUAUAAAACAAAUGAAAACGAUCUAGUACAGAAAAAUAAUGAACUAUUACAAGAAAUUGAGUGUUUAAAAAUUGUUGAAAGUGAAGCAAAUAUUAAAAUUUUGUCACUUAAUAAUGAAUUGGAAAACAUUCAACUGGAAAUGACUAAGGAAAAGCAGAAAGUACAAAGUGAACAUGAUAUAAAUGCAGUAGCAUUGGCAGAAAAAUGCCAUAGUAUGGAAGAACAUUGUUUGAAUUUAAAAAACAAUUUAGACGAUGCGCAUAAAAAAAUCUAUGUACUAGAAGAGCAAAACAAACAAAGCUCAGAAAAUAUCACGGAAUAUGAGAAACAAAUACAUGACUUGAAUAUUAAAUUACAAAAUCUAAAUACAGAAAAUGAUCAACUUUUAUCCACAGUAACUGAAUUGCGAUCUUCAGUAUCAAGUGCUAUGGACCAAAGAGGUUUUGAAAUAGCAGAAUUGUGGAAGCAACAUUUAGCUCAAAGAGAAUCUGAAUUUCAACAAACGGAACAGGAUCUUAGAAGUCAAUUAAACGCAUCCGAAGCUAAAUAUGAACAGCUUCUAGAAAAAGUACAGUCAUCUAAUCAAGAAGAAACAAACAAAAUUAUUUUAGCUGAGCAAAUAAGCUCUUUACAAAAUAAAUUACAAGAAAAAGAAGAGCAUUUAACAAGUCUUAAAGAUAAAUAUGCUGAAGUAAUUAACCAACUGGAUAUCCUUCGUUCUGAAAUGGAAGACGAAAAAAUUAUACAUGAAAACAAAAUCUUCGAACACCAGGAGGAAUAUGAAAAAAUAAUCCAAGAACUAAACAAAAAUAAUCAAGAACAAUGUGAUCAAAUUGAAAGUAAAAUGAAGAAUCUUCAAAUAGAAUUAGAAGCAACUAAAUCUGUUAAUUCAACAUUAAGCCAGGAAAUUGAAGAUCUACGUAACAACUAUGAAAAUAAAAUAUCAGAUUUAGUAAAACAACUACAAGUUAAAGAUAGUGAAAUAUUUCAGAAGACUCAUGACUUUACAAUUACGCUAACGCAAAGAAAUGAUGAAUUUGAAAAUGUAAGAAAGCAGUUAAUAGAAUAUGAAAAAAGAAUUGAGGAUUUAACGUAUGAAAAAGAAUCCGAAUUAGCUAUCCUAAGGUUAAAAAUGCAUGAACACACAGACGGAUUUGAUAAGAAACUGAAGGAAAUGGAAGAUGAAAAGAAUAAUCUUUCUGAAUCGCUAAAAGAGAAAAUAAUCGAAUGUACAAACUUGAAUAAGCAGAUAAGUGACUUAAAUAAAGUGUUAGAAGAAUAUGCGAAUAGAGCAACAGAGACACAAAUGGUUCUAGAAAGCCAAGAACUUGAAAUAGUUACUUUAAAAGACGAAGUGUCUAGCUUAAAAGAUUCUUUGAGGGCUGCCAGUAGUAGGAUAGAAAAACAUGUAACAUUUGCUUCCGGAACUAAACCAGGACCGGAUGGAGGAGAAUAUGCACCGAGUGGACUCGAUAAAGAAUUGCUGGAUGCAGUGCCGCGAGCAGAACUAGACUUAGCUUUGUAUAUGUUGCACCAAAGAGAUGUUCGAUGUGAAGAACUUACGAUGGAAUUGACGCAGUUGCUUGAAGAAAGAGAUACGCUACAGAUUCGUUUGUCUGAUAGUUUACGUUCGUUUGAAGAUUUGAAAUCACGUUGUAAUUCUGCAGGACUAGAUACUUCGAUUGGUUCAAGUAAAGAUGGAAUUUCAGAGUUGGCCAGUUUCAGUAUCGAAAAAGAAAAUCAAUUUGUCGAUACACAUAAAGCGCAUACGUCGCGAAGUAGCAGUAUAAGCGAUCCUGACGCCGAUAAACCAAAGUUGCAAGCCAAGUUAUCAGAAUUGCGCAGUGUAAAACAUAGCCGCGAUGUACGAUUGAGGAACGAAAGCGAGCAGCGACAACUCGGCAUGCGUCUCUUGCAUCGCGACGUAGCUAACCUGCCACCCGAAGCAGUCGAACAACUCACUCAAGCGCACCACACACUUUCACGAGACACACAAAGCACUCCAACUGUUCUUCUAAACUGGCUUCGCGGGAAGAGCACACCAAAAGUAGUGCAUAUG